AUGCGGUGCAGAUGUGUCUUCACGAAGUUGCUUCAGAAGAUCUUCCCUCGAACGCGACGCACCUCCUUUGUCAGAAGAGUUCCCCCUGGCGGUGGCAAGAUUUUCAUCCUGGGGGAACAUGCGUGUGGGGUGGCUGCUUCGGUCUCUGCCACAACCGAAACCAGUUUGUCUGCGAUGCUUGCAUUCUUCCCGGCCGAAAAGGCUGAGAAUGACCAGUUCAAAGCCGUCGUACAGAAUCGACGAUCUACCCACUACUUCCCCUUUUUUAAAGCUGCAGAGAUGGUUGGAAUGUCGGGGCGGGCUUUGGGGAAGAUUACGUUGAGUUUCAUGAUCAUCGCAUCGGAUGAACAGAGGACCAAAGUCGGCCUGAGCUUCAAAUUCGAAGCGAAGGCUUUGAACUAUUCUCGCAAAGAGGGCCGGCAUUGGGAGUAUAGCCAGAGGGCAAUCGACCUAAUCCGAUAG